CCAAUUUAAAAGUUCUAACUCGUCUAAUACAAUGAAAAAUUACCUGGAAUUUUGUCUGGAAAUUUCUUCAAAUUUGGGCGAUAAUUCAGGAUAUCACGUGACCAAGCUCAAAAAUGGCGAACGGACCGAAAACUGAUUUAACCUAUGGGGAAAUGUAUUUAUUGAUGUACAAUUUCUUUCAAAUGCUGGGAUGGACAGCUAUAUUCUAUACUGUAUUCCUGCACAUAGUGGUAGAAGAGACCAAUGUUGGUGUCUAUGAUGCGGUAUCCUUGCUCUUGAAGAUCUUCCAAACUGCUGCCAUUUUAGAGGUUGUCCAUUGUAUGACUGGACUGGUGAGAUCCUCUUGGGUCCUGACUGCCUUCCAGGUGGCAUCAAGAGUAUUUCUAGUAUGGGGAGUCACACAUAGUGUUAAGCAGACUCAAGAUACACUUGGAGUUACUCUCUACAUUGCUGCCUGGACUCUGACUGAGGUGAUCAGAUAUGGCUUUUACUGCUGUUCCAUCAUAGAAAACAUGCCCUAUAUAUUACAGUGGCUCAGAUACACAUUGUUUAUUGGACUCUACCCCUUAGGAGUAACAGGUGAACUGAUGACCAUCUGGAAAGCUCUGCCAGUUGUAGAGAAGACAGGGUUGUACUCUCUCAGAUUGCCAAAUAGCAUCAACUUUGGAUUUGAUUACCACUAUUUCCUCAUUAUAGUCAUGCUCAAUUACAUUCCAAUAUUCCCACAGUUAUAUGGACACAUGUUGAAACAACGAAGGAAAAUAAUUGGAGGACAAGGAAAGAAGACUGAUUAGAACAAAAAAACCAUGACAAUAUUUAUAACUCUGAUAACCAGAAUUUAAAGAUGAGGACAGAACUUAAGCCCAGAAUCUGAAAUCCACUGAUCAGUUUUCACUGGACUUAGUUGACACAUCCAAUCUCUUGAGUUCAAGUGUCUAAUUUGAUAAACUGUUUGAUGGUUGAUUUAAUCAAGUGUGAUGUAUAAUCCAAUCAAUGUUUAAUUUGAUAUACCUUGAUAAAAUCAAUUUGCCUUUAAGAAGACUUUGUUGACAGACCUUGUGGAGUACACACAGCUCCAAAUCUGUAGUAACACAUCUUGUACACGAGUUCAAGUGUCUUAUUUGAUAAACUGUUUGAUGUUUGAUAUACGAGUGUGAUUCCAAUUCCAGUGUAUUUGAUACAUUUUGAUAUAUGCUGUCCUAAUCUUCAGAUGAAAUAAAGAUUAAAAAAUUAUUUAUAAUUUA